GUUUUCCCCUGGCACGCCAGCGGCCGCUGCGGAAGAGCUGGAAAGAUGGCGGCUCCGGGGGCCAGCGGGCCGGGCUCGGCCUCCAACCCGCGCAAGUUUAGCGAGAAGAUAGCUCUGCAGCGCCAGAGACAGGCAGAGGAGACGGCGGCCUUCGAAGAAGUCAUGAUGGACCUCAGCUCCACUCGGUUACAGGUGCAGAAGCUGAGAAUGAAUCACAUGCGUGGCCCCUACUAUGGUGGAUCUCUUCCCAACGUCAACCAGAUUGGCGGCGGUGGCGAUUUCCAGAGCUCUCCGCACUCCCCGCUGGACGCUUCCCGCACCCGGCACCACGGACUAGUGGAGAGAGUCCACAGAGACCCCCGGCGCAUGAUGUCACCGCUGCGCAGAUACAUGCGCCAGGUGGACAGCUCGCCGUACGGUGUCUCGUACCUUUCGCCGCAUCAGGACCCCGGCUCCAGAAGGAACUUGCCCUGGGGAGGUUACCCCUCGGACCCGGGCCAGCUCUUCAGACUGCCAACUGCUUUAAACAGGACAAACUCGGAUUCGGCGCUGCACACCAGCGUGAUGAACCCCAGCUCCCAGGACGCGUUCCCCGCGGCCUCGCAGGGCCUGGCCUCUCCGGGCAGGAGGAGCGCGUUCCCCUUCCCUGUGCCGGCCAUCAAGGAAGACGGCAAACAUCUCCUCAAACCGUGCGAUGCCAAGAAGUUCCCCGCCGCUUCUGUACGACCCAAGUCCUGCGAAGUUCCUGGAAUCAACAUUUACCCCUCCAUGGAGCAGAGCGCCAGCAUCCCCCCGGUGCCGUCCGUUAUGAAUACCGGGGGCUCGCUGCCUGACCUCACCAACCUGCACUUUCCCUCCCCCCUCCCCACCCCGCUGGACCCUGAUGAUUCCGGCUUUAAAAGCCUGAGCGGGGGCAGCAGCACCGGGAACCUGGCCAGCACGCUCACCCAUCUGGGGAUCGGCAGGAUCGGGAUGCCACCGGCCUUCGACUCCUCAGGUUUCUCGCCGGCGCAGAGCUCGCUGAGCCGCGCUGCCCUCCAGUCUUCGUUGAGUAACCCGAACCUGCAGGCCUCCCUGAGCAGCGCGUCGCUGCAGAGCUCCUUCAGUAACCCGUCUCUGCAGUCGUCUCUGAGCAGCCAGUCCCUGCCCUCCUCGCUCAGUACCCAGUCUCUCUCCCCCUCCACCAGCAGCCACAGCCUGCCGUCUGCUUACAGCACUCCAUCCUCGCCCUCGUCCUCCUCUUCGUUUCCUCCUCUGGCCCCCGCCGCCAUGAGCACCUCCCCUCGCAGGAGGGUACCGCUGAGCCCUCUUACCCUGCCGAUGGGGGCAGAAUCCAGGAGGACCCACCAGAAGCAGUUCUCCCCCACCAUGUCGCCUACGCUGUCCUCCAUCACGCAGGGAGUCCCCUUGGAUACCAGCAAGCUGUCGGGAGACCAGAGGCUACCCCCGUACCACUUCAACAUCCCUAACAUCCCGCCGCAGUACCAGUCUCCGCAAACCAUGCACCAAUCCCAGCAGCCGCAGUACCAGUGCCAGCAAACCAUGCACCAAUCACAGCAGUCUUUGCACCAGACACGCCAAACCAUGCACCAAUCCCAGCAGCCUCUUCAUCAGACCCCACAAGCGAUGCAUCAGUCCGAGCAGCCUCUGCACCAAACGUCGCAUACACUGCACCAAUCCCAGCAGCCUCUGCACCAGACGUCGCAUGCACUGCACCAAUCCCAGCAGCCUCUGCACCAGACGUCGCAUGCACUGCACCAAUCCCAGCAGCCUCUGCACCAGACGUCACAUGCACUGCACCAAUCCCAGCAGCCUCUGCACCAGACGUCGCAUGCACUGCACCAAUCCCAGCAGCCUCUGCACCAGACGUCGCAUGCACUGCACCAAUCUAUGCAUCAGACACCGCAAGUAAUGCACCAAUCCCAGCAAUCUCUGCAUCAGACACCGCAAGUAAUGCACCAAUCCCAGCAAUCUCUGCAUCAGACACCGCAAGUAAUGCACCAAUCCCAGCAAUCUCUGCAUCAGACACCGCAAGUAAUGCACCAAUCCCAGCAAUCUCUGCAUCAGACACCGCAAGUAAUGCACCAAUCCCAGCAGCCCCAGCAAACAGGGCACCAACCCAAAGAAACAAUGCCGCAGCCUCCGCACCAGUCUCGCGAUGAGCAGCCAUCUUUGCGUCAGGACGCACAGAAGCCUUCGCAGCAAGAUUCCUAUAAACCCCCUCCAACCUCUUCCACAGCCCAGUACUUCUCCUUGUGCCAGCAGAAUUCCGGUGGUCAGCCGUACCAGCACCUCCUGGGAGAUUAUAACCUGAACGCUUUUGAGCAGUAUAACAUGGCGGAGAGCACCAACGGGCGUCUGACGCUGGGUGGGGACGGCUUCCAUGCGGACCAUCAGCGCUUUCACAGCGGGGACCUGAGCGGGAGCAGCAUCUACAGCCAGCAGUCUCUGAACAAACAGAACCUCAACAACUGCAGCCGCCAAGACGACGCCAUCCCAAAUAUCAUCCUUACAGCGGUGGAUUCGCCUCCCGGCUUCUCCAAGGAAAUCACGACAGCCUUGUCCUGCGUCCCCGGCUUUGAAGUGGAUCAGUCGCUGGGGUUGGAAGAAGAUCUCAACAUCGAACCACUUACCCUGGAUGGACUGAACAUGCUCAGCGACCCUUACGCCCUCUUGACAGACCCCUUGGUGGAAGAUUCUUUCCGCUCUGACCGGCUGCAGUGAAGAUGUAUGGUUUCAAGGAACGGCUUUCACCUGUGGCCGGGCUCUUCAGGGCAAGAAGGUCCAAGGAACCCGAAAGGGACUUAGUCUUGAAGGACAGUCAAAUGUGACCGGGAUGGGGGGGGGGGAGUCCUUGUUUUUUAGGGCUUUUCACUGAGAUUCAUAUUUAUCAAGGAGAUGAGAGAUGAUUUGAUAAAUCUAUGCUGUGUGACCAGAACACAAAGGACGUUUCCCAGUCCAUCGAUGGAGAACCAACGCUGGUCCAUAGAGGAGCUCCACCAGGAAACCGUACCGUAAAGCACUUUGAUAAGGCCAGUCAGGUG